GCGGGGCCUCGAGUGGCCCGAGGUGGCCCGGCUGCUGGGUCGGAAGCAGCGCAGUCCGUCUCAUCGCGUCCCGGGUAUGGCGUCCCCACGGGAAUUGACCCAGAACCCCUUGAAGAAGAUCUGGAUGCCGUACAGCAAUGGGCGGCCCGCUCUGCACGCCUGCCAGCGCGGCGUUUGCAUGACCAAUUGCCCAACGCUCAUUGUCAUGGUAGGCCUGCCCGCCAGGGGCAAGACAUACAUCUCUAAGAAGCUGACUCGCUACCUGAACUGGAUUGGCGUGCCUACUCGAGAAUUCAACGUUGGCCAGUAUCGCCGGGAAAUGGUCAAGACAUACAAGUCGUUUGAGUUUUUCCUUCCAGACAACGAAGAGGGCCUGAAAAUCAGGAAGCAGUGUGCCCUGGCAGCCCUCCGUGAUGUCCGGCGGUUCCUUAGUGAGGAGGGGGGACAUGUGGCGGUUUUCGAUGCAACAAAUACCACCCGAGAACGGAGAGCAACCAUCUUUAAUUUUGGAGAACAGAAUGGCUACAAGACUUUUUUUGUGGAGUCCAUCUGUGUGGAUCCUGAGGUCAUAGCUGCUAACAUCGUGCAAGUGAAACUGGGCAGCCCUGACUAUGUGAACCAUGAUAGUGAUGAGGCCACGGAAGAUUUCAUGCGGCGCAUUGAGUGCUAUGAGAAUUCGUAUGAGUCACUGGAUGAGGACCUUGACAGGGAUCUGUCCUACAUCAAGAUCAUGGACGUGGGGCAGAGCUAUGUGGUAAACCGUGUGGCUGAUCACAUCCAGAGCCGUAUCGUAUAUUACCUCAUGAAUAUCCAUGUGACCCCCCGCUCCAUCUACCUCUGCCGGCAUGGGGAGAGUGAGCUCAACCUCAAGGGCCGGAUUGGCGGGGACCCAGGACUGUCCCCCCGGGGCAGGGAGUUUGCUAAGAGUCUGGCCCAGUUCAUCCGUGAUCAGAACAUCAAGGACCUGAAGGUCUGGACGAGCCAGAUGAAGAGGACCAUCCAGACAGCUGAGGCCCUGGGUGUGCCUUAUGAGCAGUGGAAGGUCCUCAACGAAAUCGAUGCGGGUGUCUGCGAGGAGAUGACCUAUGAGGAAAUUCAGGAUCAUUAUCCACUGGAGUUUGCCCUGCGGGACCAGGACAAGUACCGGUACCGGUACCCCAAGGGGGAGUCCUACGAGGACCUGGUCCAGCGACUCGAGCCUGUCAUCAUGGAGCUGGAGAGGCAGGAGAAUGUGCUGGUCAUCUGCCACCAGGCCGUGAUGCGCUGCCUCCUGGCCUACUUCCUUGAUAAGGCAGCAGAACAGCUGCCCUACCUCAAGUGUCCGCUGCACACCGUCCUGAAGCUAACCCCUGUGGCUUACGGUUGUAAAGUGGAGUCUAUAUUCCUGAAUGUGAUGGCUGUGAACACGCACCGGGACAGGCCUCAGAAUGUAGACAUCUCGAGGCCUCCAGAGGAAGCCCUGGUCACGGUUCCUGCUCACCAGUGACCAUGUCUCAUCCACGGUGACCCCCAGGAAGGUAUUGAUCCCGGCAGACAAGGUCAUCCCAAGCCCCCUGGUCCGUGUGACAGUUUCUAUGCUGGAGCAUCCUCAAGCUGCACCUGGCUGGUGGCACCCAGAGCCCCUGCACCAGCCCACCUGCUUCCUUGUUAAUGGAGACAGGAUUCCACAAGGUGCCCAACCUGCUGCUAAAAAUCAUUUGGUCAGACUGCAUCUGCCCUGGACUGGUGAGAGGUUUCCUAGCAACCUGGUCCUUCUGUUGCAGCUUUGAGGUGUCCUCUCACUGGUCAGUUGGCUUUGUGAAGUAUGAAACCCUAAACAUGUGAACGGAGAGCGCAUGCUGUGAUGCUCCCACGAUGGCCGAACUGUCUGAGGUGGACCUGAGGAUUCCAGCAGGGACUCUGCUUCCCUCUCCGUGUGGGGCCCUGAGCUCUGCUCCUUGGGUCUGGGGGAAUGCCCUUCCCAUCCUGCCCUGGCAGGAGCUGGAGAGCCACUGAGGCAGACCCUUCCACCAGCCAGGCCGUUGUGUCGGAGCCGCUUGUGAGAACACUGUGCUCACUUCAUGCCAUGAUGCAUAGAAACCCAUGGGGAGCACAGCCUCUCUGGUCACUCCUUCCCUACUGUGCACACACUGGAACAUUUGGGGGAGCUGGUGGCCAAGGCCACCCCUGCCGAACUGCUGUCGCAGUGAAAGCACUCAAAGACAGGGCAGUCGUGUAAGCACCCCCGUUCCAGUGCACAUCCCAGGUGCUCGGGGGGGAGAGGCUGCCAACCUGCCUCGCCCUCCUAGCUGUGCUCUCUAGGCUACCUCUCCCCCACUGCCACCUGUUUCCAUGCAGGAGCACACCCUGGGGGGCAGACAAAUGCAUUUGCUGUGAAUGAUUCAUAGAAAAAAGCCUGUCCUGACAUUCAUUGACCUCUGCCUGUGACACCGAGCAGGGGAAAGGCAGGAAAUCCGAGGUGCCCUGUCCAAGGGAGGAUUUUCCCAGCAUAGUGCAGCUUCGGAUUCCUGUGUAUGGGAGCCUGGCCUGGCAGGAAACUGCCUUGGGACACUGCCACCUGUCAUGCCCCUGAGUUCUUUUGGGCCCAAAGAGGCAGGCUGGGCAGUAGGUUCUGGCUCCCAUUUUGUAGCUGGGCAGGAGGCCUGGCCAGCAAGUUGUGAGGCUGCGUGAGGAGGGGUCUGGGUCUGUAGCUGGAUGCUCUGCAUCCCCAAGUGGGUCCUGGUCCAGGAGCCUGAGCCCACUUUGUACCUGGCACCUUCCCUGGCAGAACAGCCCACCUUUCCUGGCCUCCUCGGGCUUUCGUAGCCUGUAGUUGCUGCCUGCCCCUGAGGGAAGCGUGCGCCCCUGCCCCCAGCUGAUGGUGGCUCAGCCCUGUGUGCUGCAGUGGCUGUGCACAGACUCAGUAGAGGGCUGGAGCAGAAUCUUCUGGACUUAGCUCCUGCCAGAGCCCCUCAGGACCAGAGGACCCUCAGGUCCCUCAGGACCAGAGGACCAUGCCACUGUCUUUGGGACAUGAGGACCAUAGCCUUUGUUUCUGUGUCCCCCAGAGUUUUGGUGACUUGGUCACUUGGACACACUCACUUGUUGGCCAUAGUGGGCCUCUUUGGUUGGUGGCAUGUACAUCUGGAUGUCCCCCACUCCAGGACCUCAGGCUGACUGAGGCAAGACCAGUGAGGCCUUUUCUCUGUGCCCAGAAGGCAGUCAGGAGCUGCUGGACCCACAGUGUUACAAGGACCGGGAUAGGGCAGAGGGAAGUCUAGGGGUAUGGCCUGGGUUGGGGCAGCUCUUCUCCACCUCUGCCUGGAGCGAUCUCUGCAUGGGCAGCAACCCCCUGGUUGGCUGCCGGAUUUUAUCCAUGAUGGUCAACAUUCUUGUGUCGAAGACAUUUUCCUAUUUUCCCUGGAAUGGGUGUUGGUGGAUCUCAGCCACACAUCACACUGUGUCCAGCAUUCUUUGCAAUAAAUAUUUUUUUAAAAAUU